AUGACCUCAUUUACUGCACCCCCUGCCACCCAGCCCAUGGACGCAUCGAAGCUGAUUUACUCUUACACCACCGAUCCGCGCGAUGUACCCGACGAAGCGACCGCCGCCAAAAGCAACGACACCAUUUGCACCCACCACAUGAUCAUCGCGCGCUGGAAGAAAGAUAUCGGAUGGUCUACCCUAGAGCUCAAACCCUCCUCCCGACAGUGUCCUUGCUUCGAGGGCCUAAAGGCCUACAGCGGCGAUGAUGGUAAACUUCGACUCUUCCGCCCAGACCGCAACGGCGCGGGUCUGCAAAUGUCCGCGGAGCGCAUCUCCCUACCCCCUGCUCCGUCGGAGGAAUUGAAGAAACUAAUCCUCGCCCUACUACACGUCGACGCUGCGAAAUGGUUCCCGAGACAUCGCGCUGGAGACUUCCUCUAUAUACAACCCACAAUCAUCGGCUCGAACUUACAGCUCGGUGUGCAAGCGCCCACGGAAGCCUUGCUGUAUAUUAUUGUUGGCGAUAUGCCGCGCUUGGAUAUGAUGCAAGAUGGGAAGCGCUUGACUAAUAGUUGCCAAGAUGAAUCCAUCUAUGUAUAG